GUGGCGGUCCGGGACAGGCGGGGGGACUGGAGCUGGGAGCGCCAGCCCUGCUCUGAACCUGGACUUCAGCUGCCCACGGAGCCAGCGGCAGAGUAGCCAGCAUGCUGCGCUUCCUGGUGCCCCGUCUGCUCUGCCUCCGAGGCAGGACUGCCCAGUACUCCUCGGCUGCAGCGCUCCCCAACCCCAUCCGGAACCCAGACAUCCGCUACAGCCAGCUCUUCAUCAACAAUGAGUGGCAUGAUGCAGUCAGCAAGAAGACCUUUCCCACGGUCAACCCUACCACAGGAGAGGUCAUCGGGCAUGUGGCUGAAGGGGACCGGGCUGAUGUGGAUCUGGCUGUGAAAGCAGCCCGGGAGGCCUUCCGUCUGGGGUCACCAUGGCGCCGUAUGGAUGCCUCAGAGCGAGGCCGGCUCUUGAACCGGCUGGCUGACCUGGUGGAGCGAGAUCGUGUCUACUUGGCCUCACUGGAGACGUUGGACAAUGGGAAGCCCUUCCAAGAGUCUUAUGCCUUGGACCUGGAUGAGGUUAUCAAGGUGUACCGCUACUUUGCGGGCUGGGCUGACAAGUGGCAUGGCAAGACCAUCCCCAUGGAUGGGGAGCAUUUCUGCUUCACCCGCCACGAGCCUGUGGGUGUCUGUGGCCAGAUAAUCCCAUGGAACUUCCCCUUGGUGAUGCAGGGCUGGAAGCUCGCCCCAGCACUUGCCACAGGCAACACUGUGGUUAUGAAGGUCGCUGAGCAGACCCCUCUUUCUGCCUUGUACUUGGCCUCCCUUGUCAAAGAGGCUGGCUUUCCCCCUGGAGUGGUGAAUGUCAUCACAGGCUAUGGCCCCACAGCAGGAGCAGCUAUUGCCCAGCACAUGGAUAUUGAUAAAGUUGCCUUCACCGGCUCCACUGAGGUGGGCCACCUGGUCCAGAAAGCAGCAGGUGAUUCCAAUCUGAAGAGAGUCACCCUGGAGCUGGGUGGGAAGAGCCCCAGCAUCGUCCUGGCCGACGCAGACAUGGAUCACGCUGUGGACCAGUGUCAUGAAGCCCUCUUCUUCAACAUGGGCCAGUGCUGCUGUGCCGGUUCGCAGACCUUCAUUGAAGAAUCUAUCUAUGAUGAAUUUCUCGAGAGAACCGUGGAGAAAGCCAAGCAGAGGAAAGUUGGAAACCCUUUUGAGCUGGAUACCCAACAGGGUCCCCAGGUGGACAAGGAGCAGUUUGACCGAAUCCUGGGCUACAUCAGCCUUGGCCAGAAGGAGGGGGCAAAGCUUCUUUGUGGAGGAGAGCGUUUUGGGAGGCAAGGUUUCUUCAUCCAGCCAACAGUCUUUGGUGGGGUGCAGGAUGACAUGAGGAUUGCUCAGGAGGAGAUCUUUGGGCCCGUUCAGCCUCUGUUCAAGUUCAAGAAGAUUGAGGAGGUGAUUGAGAGGGCCAACAACACCAGGUACGGGCUGGCUGCUGCUGUGUUCACGCGGGACCUGGACAAGGCCAUGUACUUCACCCAGGCUCUCCAAGCGGGGACUGUGUGGGUGAACACCUAUAACAUUGUGACCUGCCACACACCAUUCGGGGGCUUUAAAGAAUCUGGCAAUGGGAGGGAGUUGGGGGAGGAUGGGCUUCGAGCCUAUACGGAGGUGAAGACAGUCACCAUCAAGGUUCCUCAGAAAAACUCGUGAGAACAGCCCCAUGGAGGCCCAGCCCCAGUCCAGCCGUUUCACACCCAGCUGGAGCCGUGGUUACCAAAUGAGUUUUAGGCAUGGAGCCCCUUUAUUUGUUCUGAAUAGAAGAGAACCCCAACAAAUCACACAGUUAAGCUAGAGAUAUUCUGUUUGAAACAGGCAGGGAGACUGGGCUCACAGUCCUACCCAACUGCUCCUCAGCCCCUAUCCCUUGGGGCACUUCAUUUACUUCUAUGAAACCUUAGGAAUCUCUGGAAGACCAAAUAAAAACCACUGACUAGAUGGACAGUCACCUUUAGUCCUUCCUGCAGAUCCAGGGACUUUCUAGCAGAUUAAUUCAGUGGCUUUGUGGAUGGACUCAACUCAGACACAGCAUUGAAAGGUAUGAGGAUUUCUGAACUAAGUGGACAUCAAAUCUAGGUCCUCUUCAUCAACUUAACUGGAUAACUGAGGCUGCUUUUUUUUUUUUUUUCUAGGUACCAAUUGUUGGCUGUUUUGUUUGCUUGUCCUUCACUUGCUACUGAUUUUUCUUAAUUUGAAGGAAAAGGUAGGCAAAGAAUGCAAUUACAUAAUCAUACCUUCAAAAUAAACUCAAACACCCCAAACGUCUGUCAGGUGUUGAGUGGAUAAACAAAAUGUUUGCAUGGGAUAUUCCUUCAACUACUAACCACAGAAAGAAUGAAGUACUUCUUUUAAGAACAUCAUGCUAUGUGAAGGAAACCACACAUACAAGGCCACAUACUGUGUGUUUGCAUUUAUAUGAAAUGUCCAGACUAGGCAAAUCUAUAGAGAUAGAAAGUACCUUAGUGAUUGAUGGGGGCUGGGGAAGGAGUGAAUGGGGAGUAACUAACUGCUCGUGAGUAUGGAAUUUUUUAGAGGGAGAUUUUGAAAAUAUUCUGGAAUUGGACCGAAGCGAUGAUUGUACUACUUUGCAAAUGUAUUAAAAAGUGGCAAAUUAUACCUUAA